CUGAAAAGAUCUUUUAAACUUAUUCAGUCACACAAUCUUCAAGUGAGUCAUCUUAUCACAGACAGGCAUUGCCAAGUUAAAAAAUACAUGAAAACCCAACAGCCAGGAGUGAAGCACUAUUUUGAUGUUUGGCAUGUGGCAAAAGGUAAAAUUAAGGCUACCAAAAGCUGCUCAAAGUACAGCAAUGGGUCUUAAAAUAAAGUACUUCCUGAUUUGAUCAAAGAGUAUCUUUAUAAUCAUAAAUUACCAAGUGAUUAAGAGGUUUUAGAAUUUUUCUAAUUGCAUUUAAUUUCAUGAUAUUUUGAUCAAUUAUUGCUAUGUUUUGCAUUACAAUUUUUUAACCAAUGUACAGUGUCUAUUUUUUCUACAGGUAUCAAAAAAAAGGUAAUGGCAGCCGGUAAGAAGAGUGGAUGUAGAUUGCUACUUGAUUGGGCACAGUCAAUAUCUAACCAUGUCUACUGGUGUGCUGCAAGUAGUGGUGGUGAUGAGAAACUACUUAAGGCUAAAUGGCUAUCAUUGCUGAAUCACAUUUGCAACAUUCAUGAUGGUCAUAGCGAAUUAUUUCCAAAAUGUGAGCAUGGUACUCUUGAGCCUCGCUUAUGGAUAAAGAAAGGAUCUAGAGCAUUUACUGAAUUGGCAUCGAUUGUUGAAAGCAGGUAUCUCAUGAAAGAUAUUGGGAAGCUCAGCCAUGAGAAACAAACAUCAGCUCUUGAAGGUUUUCAUCGAGUUGUUAUACUAUAUGCACCAAAGCAUACACAUUUCUUUUACAAGGCAAUGCAAGCUAGGUAAACAAACAAUAAACAAUGUUGUUUUCAUACUGAAAAUGAUUGCAAGGUGGCACACUAAAAAGUAAAAUUAAAUUUUUAGAUUACUGAUUGCUGCUCUCCAUUUCAAUGAAAAUGGAAGUAAAGAACAAAGGCGUACAAAAGAAAAUGGGGAAUUAAUGUGGAAAGUGUCUCACCCCAAAUCAAGACAGUCAUGUGGAGUCAUCAAAGGUGUUAAAAUUGAUAGUACUUAUGGUAAGGACAAGUUUUAGCACUCAAA